AGGGGAGAAGGCCUAGACAGACCCAGGACUUCCUGCUUUCCUAUUCUCGUCAUUGGAUUGGCCGUCAGGCAUUCUUCUACUCUCCUUGGGCCUGCGCAAUGCAGGCCUAGGGAAAAGGAAGGGGUCGGAGGGGAAGAUGGCGGCGGCUGCGGCCGGUGUGGGCCGGCUAGAGGAAGAGGCGCUGCGGCGAAAGGAACGACUGAGGGCCCUACGGGAGAAAACUGGGCGCAAGGACAAGGAAGAUGGGGAGCCAAAGACCAAGCAGCUGAGAGAAGAGGAGGAAGAAGGCGAGAAGCACAGGGAACUCAGGCUGCGGAACUAUGUCCCGGAGGAUGAGGACCUGAAGAGGAGGAGGGUGCCCCAGGCCAAACCAGUUGCAGUGGAAGAGAAGGUGAAGGAGCAGCUGGAGGCCGCCAAGCCAGAGCCGGUCAUUGAAGAAGUGGACCUGGCCAACCUGGCACCCCGGAAGCCCGAUUGGGACCUCAAGAGAGAUGUGGCUAAGAAGCUGGAGAAGCUAGAAAAGCGCACCCAGCGGGCCAUUGCUGAGCUGAUCCGUAAGUGCAGGGCCUGGCAAGGUGAGAGGCUGAAAGGCCAGGAGGACAGCCUAGCCUCUGCAGUGGACGCCACCACGGAACAAGAGGCCUGCGACUCUGACUGAGGUGUGCCCUGUCCCAUUAUCUGCCUGUCGGGCCUGUCCUGGAGGUGGAUGGUCUUUGGUAGGGAUGCAGGCUGGGCUUGUCAUCGCCUCCAGUUUGGCAUCAGAGCACUGACUCCUUGCCCUGUCAGGUCUGCAUCCUACAUGGAGUGAGGUCAGCACCUUUUCUGCUGAGCAGCCCUUACCUCCCUGAUUGGGGGAGGAGCCAGCAACAGCUGUGGGCAUACCUGUUCUGUACAUAUGUAUUUAUAUUGAACUGUUUUUAAUCUCUGGAAGUAGAGGCAAGUAAACCCUUGUGUGUGGCAGAAA